GGCUUCGCUUCCUGCAGCAACCGCCGGCGGCCCGGGUGCCCCCGUCGCUGCGCUCCGGAGCUGGCUUCCUGCGCCUGAACCGGGUGAAGCGGCGCCUGGGGAGGAGGGUGGCCGGCGGGGCCGGGGCGGGAGGCGCAGACUCAUGAAAUGGCCACAGAUGAUAAGACUUCCCCAACAUUGGACUCUGCUAAUGAUUUGCCUCGAUCUCCUACUAGUCCUUCUCAUCUCACACACUUUAAACCUUUGACUCCUGAUCAGGACGAACCUCCUUUUAAAUCAGCGUAUAGUUCUUUCGUCAAUCUCUUCCGAUUUAACAAAGAGCGCGCAGAAGGUUGCCAGGGGGAGCAGCAGUCUCUAGGUGGAAGUUGGGCCAGCCCUCAGCUCCCUUCAAGGACACAGUCUGUGAGGUCACCUACACCUUACAAAACACAGCUUAAUGAGGAACUCCAGCGACGAUCUUCGGCAGUAUUAGAAGAGAGCAGUUUGCAACAUCCCCAGGAGAACACAGACACAAGAAGGAAAGCAGAACCUACCUUUGGAGGUCAUGACCCUCGUACAGCUGUUCAGCUUCGAAGCCUCAGCACAGUAUUAAAACGCCUCAAGGAAAUCAUGGAGGGGAAAAGCCAGGAUAGCGACCUGAAGCAAUACUGGAUGCCAGAUAGCCAAUGUAAAGAAUGCUAUGACUGUAGUGAGAAAUUUACGACCUUCAGGCGCAGACACCAUUGCAGACUGUGUGGGCAGAUUUUUUGCAGUCGUUGCUGUAAUCAAGAAAUCCCUGGAAAAUUUAUGGGCUAUACAGGGGACCUCCGAGCUUGUACAUACUGUAGAAAGAUAGCCUUAAGCUAUGCUCAUUCCACAGACAGUAAUUCCAUUGGGGAAGACUUGAAUGCUCUUUCAGAUUCUGCUUCCUCUGUGUCUGUACUUGAUCCAAGUGAACCUCGAACACCUGUUGGAAGUAGAAAAGCCAGCCGCAACAUAUUUCUAGAGGAUGAUUUUGCCUGGCAAAGUUUGAUUCAUCCAGACUCCUCAAAUACUCCUCUUCCAACAAGACUUGUAUCUGUUCAAGAGGAUGCUGGGAAAUCUCCUGCUCGAAAUAGAUCAGCUAGCAUUACUAACUUGUCACUGGAUCGAUCUGGUUCUCCCAUGGUAUCUUCAUAUGAGACAUCUGUCAGUCCCCAGGCUAACCGGACAUAUGUUAGGACAGAAACCACUGAGGAUGAACGCAAAAUUCUUCUGGACAGCGUUCAGUUAAAGGACCUGUGGAAGAAAAUCUGCCAUCACAGUAGUGGAAUGGAGUUUCAGGAUCACCGUUACUGGCUGAGAACGCAUCCCAAUUGCAUUGUGGGAAAAGAAUUAGUCAACUGGUUAAUCCGAAAUGGACACAUUGCUACAAGGGCACAAGCUAUAGCCAUCGGACAAGCGAUGGUCGAUGGGCGUUGGCUGGAUUGCGUCAGUCAUCAUGACCAGCUGUUCAGGGACGAGUAUGCGCUGUACAGACCGCUGCAGAGUACAGAAUUUUCUGAGACCCCUUCUCCAGACAGUGACUCAGUGAACUCUGUGGAAGGACACUCUGAGCCAUCCUGGUUUAAAGACAUAAAGUUCGAUGACAGUGACACGGAACAGAUAGCUGAAGAAGGUGACGAUAAUUUGACUAAUUCUGCCAGUCCUAGCAAGCGCACAUCAGUCAGCAGCUUCCAAUCCACAGUGGACAGUGACUCAGCCGCUUCCAUCAGCCUGAACGUGGAGCUGGACAACGUGAACUUCCAUAUCAAGAAGCCCUCCAAGUACCCACAUGUGCCCCCUCACCCUGCUGACCAAAAAGAGUAUUUGAUUUCUGACAAUGGAGGACAACAACUCUCAAUAAGUGACGCCUUCAUCAAAGAAUCCUUAUUUAAUCGUCGAGUUGAGGAGAAAUCCAAAGAGCUGCCUUUCACACCUUUGGGCUGGCAUCAUAACAACCUGGAGCUGCUGAGGGAGGAGAAUGGAGAAAAACAAGCCAUGGAGAGGUUGCUUUCGGCUAAUCAUAACCACAUGAUGGCACUACUCCAGCAGUUGCUCCACAGUGAGUCAUUGUCACCAUCUUGGAGGGACAUCAUUGUAUCACUGGUCUGCCAGGUUGUUCAGACAGUCCGACCUGAUGUCAAGAACCGGGACGACGACAUGGAUAUCCGUCAGUUCGUCCAUAUUAAGAAAAUUCCAGGUGGAAAGAAGUUUGAUUCUGUGGUUGUCAAUGGGUUUGUUUGUACGAAAAAUAUUGCACAUAAAAAGAUGAAUUCUUGUAUUAAAAAUCCCAAAAUUCUUCUGUUGAAGUGUUCGAUUGAGUAUCUCUACAGAGAAGAAACUAAAUUUACUUGCAUUGAUCCUAUUGUGCUUCAGGAAAGGGAAUUCUUGAAGAAUUAUGUUCAGCGAAUAGUUGAUGUUCGACCCACGUUGGUUCUCGUUGAAAAAACAGUAUCUCGGAUUGCCCAAGACAUGUUACUAGAACAUGGCAUUACUUUGGUCAUUAAUGUAAAAUCACAAGUUUUAGAACGCAUCAGCCGGAUGACACAAGGUGAUUUAGUAAUGUCAAUGGACCAGCUGCUUACAAAACCCCAUCUGGGCACCUGUCACAAAUUUUAUAUGCAGAUGUUUCAGAUACCUAGUGAGCAAACCAAAACGCUGAUGUUUUUUGAAGGCUGUCCACAGCACCUGGGGUGCACAAUCAAGCUCAGAGGAGGCUCAGAUUAUGAGCUGGCUCGAGUUAAGGAAAUCCUAAUAUUUAUGAUCUGUGUAGCUUAUCAUUCUCAACUAGAAAUCUCCUUCCUCAUGGAUGAAUUUGCCAUGCCUCCUACGUUAACACAAAACCCUUCCUUCCAUUCUCUGCUUGAGGGGCGGGAGGAAGACGGGGCAGCACAGGAGCCAUUCAGCGGAAGCCUCCUCCCCCGGGAGCCUGACUUCCCCCCAGAGCUUCUGCCCUCCGAGGAUGGCAGCCUGCUAGAAUCAAGGACUGUGUUUGAGAAGGGGGACCAGGAAAAUAAAAGCGUCUCACAGGAUGUUGGGUCUUUGAAGCAGCCGGAGUAUGCCACAGCCACAGCCGCUUGCGCGGCAGGUAUCCCCUGCGCGCUCUUUCCCUCGGUCCCGGAAUCGCUGUUGCCGCUGCACGUGGACGACCCACGGGAUGCCAUGGGCACAGAGCAUCUGGAGCCCUUGCAGCUCGCCGACGAGCUACAGUAUCCCAAAGGCCAGAUGAGAGCCUUUCGAGACCCUUUGCAGGACGACACUGGAUUGUAUGUUACUGAGGAGGUUACCUCUUCUGAGGAUAAACGGAAGACUUAUUCUUUGGCCUUUAAACAGGAGUUGAAAGACGUGAUCCUCUGUAUCUCCCCAGUAAUCACAUUCCGGGAGCCCUUCCUUCUGACUGAAAAGGGGAUGAGAUGCUCCACCCGAGAUUAUUUCGCAGAGCAGGUUUACUGGUCUCCUCUCCUCAACAAAGAGUUCAAAGAAAUGGAGAGCAGACGGAAGAAGCAGCUGCUUAGGGAUCUGUCUGGCCUUCAGGGCAUGAAUGGAAGUAUUCAGGCCAAGUCCAUUCAAGUCUUGCCCUCGCACGAGCUAGUGAGCACUAGAAUUGCUGAGCAUCUUGGGGAUAGCCAGAGCUUGGGGAGAAUGCUGGCUGACUAUCGGGCCAGAGGAGGAAGAAUUCAGCAAAAAAACGCAGACCCUUUUGCUCAUUCAAAGGAAGCACCUGGCACGGCAGGCGGCAGAUCAGGAAGCAAAAUGGAGGCGGAUGAAGAGAAAGGGUUAAUUCCGAAUGAUGCGGUGUGGUCCACAAAGGUGGACUGUCUGAACCCUGUGAACCACCAGCGGCUGUGCGUGCUCUUCAGCAGCUCUUCGGCCCAGUCCAGCAACGCCCCCAGCGCCUGCGUCAGCCCUUGGAUUGUAACAAUGGAAUUUUAUGGAAAGAAUGAUCUUACAUUAGGAAUAUUUUUAGAGAGAUACUGUUUCAGGCCUUCUUAUCAGUGUCCUAGCAUGUUCUGUGAUACCCCCAUGGUGCAUCAUAUUCGGCGCUUUGUCCAUGGCCAAGGCUGUGUGCAGAUAAUCUUGAAGGAGUUGGAUUCUCCAGUGCCUGGAUAUCAACAUACAAUUCUUACCUAUUCCUGGUGCAGAAUCUGCAAACAGGUAACACCAGUUGUUGCUCUUUCCAAUGAGUCCUGGUCCAUGUCAUUUGCAAAAUACCUUGAACUUAGGUUUUAUGGGCACCAGUACACUCGCAGAGCCAAUGCUGAACCAUGCGGUCACUCCAUCCACCAUGAUUAUCACCAGUAUUUCUCCUAUAAUCAGAUGGUGGCAUCUUUCAGUUAUUCUCCCAUUCGGCUUCUUGAAGUAUGUGUUCCACUCCCCAAAAUAUUCAUUAAACGUCAAGCCCCAUUAAAAGUGUCCCUUCUUCAGGAUCUGAAGGACUUCUUUCAAAAGGUUUCACAGCUGUAUCUUGCUGUUGAUGAAAGACUUGCGUCUUUGAAAACGGAUACAUUUAGCAAAACAAGAGAGGAAAAAAUGGAAGAUAUCUUUGCACAAAAAGAGAUGGAAGAAGGGGAGUUCAAGAACUGGAUCGAGAAGAUGCAAGCCAGGCUCAUGUCUUCCUCAGUAGACACCCCUCAGCAACUGCAGUCCGUCUUCGAGUCCCUCAUUGCCAAGAAGCAAAGUCUCUGUGAAGUGCUACAAGCUUGGAAUAACAGAUUGCAGGACCUUUUCCAGCAGGAAAAGGGUAAAAAGCGACCUUCAGUCCCUCCAAGUCCUGGAAGACUGAGACAGGGGGAAGAAAGCAAGAUAAGUACGAUGGAUGCAGCUCCAAGAAAUAUUUCUCCAGGACUUCAAAAUGGAGAAAAAGAGGAUCGCUUCCUGACAACCCUGUCCAGUCAGAGCUCCACCAGUUCUACCCAUCUCCAGUUGCCUACUCCACCAGAGGUCAUGCCCGAACAGCUGGGGGGAGGGCCCCCUGAACUCGACACAGCCAGCAGCUCUGAAGAUGUAUUUGAUGGACAUUUGCUGGGAUCCACGGACAGCCAGGUGAAGGAAAAAUCAACCAUGAAAGCCAUCUUUGCAAAUUUGCUUCCAGGAAAUAGCUAUAACCCUAUUCCAUUUCCUUUUGAUCCAGAUAAACACUACUUAAUGUAUGAACAUGAACGGGUGCCCAUUGCGGUUUGUGAGAAGGAACCCAGCUCCAUCAUUGCUUUUGCUCUCAGUUGUAAAGAAUACCGAAAUGCCUUAGAGGAAUUGUCCAAAGCAACUCAGCGGAGCAGUGCCGAAGAAGGGCUUCCAACAAAUAGUACUUUAGACAGCAGACCAAAGAGCAGCAGCCCUAUUAGAUUACCUGAGGUCAGUGGAGGACAGACAAACCGAACAGCAGAAGCAGAACCACAGCCAACCAAAAAGGCUUCUGGAAUGCUGUCCUUCUUCCGAGGGACAGCAGGGAAAAGCCCUGAUCUCUCUUCCCAGAAGAGAGAGACCUUACGUGGAGCAGAUAGCGCUUACUACCAGGUUGGGCAGACGGGCAAGGAGGGGACGGAGAGUCAAGGCAUCGAGCCUCAAGAUGAAGUAGAUGGAGGAGAUACACAGAAGAAACAGCUCAUAAAUCCUCAUGUGGAGCUUCAAUUUUCUGACGCAAAUGCCAAGUUUUACUGUCGCCUGUACUAUGCGGGAGAGUUUCAUAAGAUGCGUGAAGUGAUUCUGGGCAGCAGUGAAGAAGAUUUCAUUCGCUCGCUCUCCCACUCGUCGCCCUGGCAGGCCCGUGGGGGCAAGUCAGGAGCUGCCUUCUAUGCAACUGAGGAUGAUAGGUUCAUUUUGAAGCAGAUGCCUCGUCUGGAAGUCCAGUCUUUCCUCGACUUUGCACCGCACUACUUUAAUUAUAUUACAAAUGCUGUCCAACAAAAGAGGCCCACUGCAUUGGCCAAAAUUCUUGGAGUUUACAGAAUUGGUUAUAAGAAUUCUCAGAACAACACUGAGAAGAAGUUAGAUCUCCUUGUCAUGGAAAAUCUUUUCUAUGGGAGAAAGAUGGCACAGGUUUUUGAUUUGAAGGGUUCACUUAGGAAUAGAAAUGUAAAAACCGAUACUGGGAAAGAGAGUUGUGAUGUGGUCCUGCUGGAUGAAAAUCUCUUAAAGAUGGUUCGAGACAACCCUCUGUAUAUCCGUUCUCAUUCCAAAGCCGUGCUGAGAGCCUCGAUCCGUAGUGAUUCCCACUUUCUUUCUAGCCACCUCAUUAUAGAUUAUUCUUUGCUGGUUGGGCGAGAUGAUACUAGCAAUGAGCUGGUAGUCGGAAUUAUAGAUUAUAUUCGAACAUUUACAUGGGACAAAAAGCUUGAGAUGGUUGUCAAAUCAACAGGAAUUUUAGGAGGACAAGAAAGCACCGCCCUUUCUCGUCCUGGAAUGGUUGAAUUCGCCUCGUUGGCAGGCUCUUUAAGCUACUAUUGGUCCCGGCCUGUUCAGAGGAGUCUACCUGAAGUGGAUCCAGCCGUGCGGCAACCUGCCGCUGUGGGACAGCUGCUCCCCAUAACCCGGCGUGGGCUCCCCCGGGACCGUGAGAGCCGCUGGGCAGCACCGCCUCUGCUGUGCUGGAAAGGUGCUUGUGCUGGGGCCAGGCACCCGGUUCUCUAUUCUGCCUCCCUGGAUGUGUCCUGUGGUGGAAAUUCAUUUCUUGUACACUUCCUGGAAGUGAAUGCAUUGUGACGCUACAGAAAAUGGGUGUGAUGGCUCUGAGAAAUCCAAGCUCUUCAAUGAUGAUGGAAGGUGGACACGCACUGCCUUAGUCCAGACCUGGAAGCUGCUAUCUGGUACAUUCUGUCAGCCGCCAGAGUGAGUUUUUUAUCUGCUACUUCCCAUUAACAUGGUGUGUGCUAUUUCACAAUAUUGUCUCAGCAAUGCUGUUCUGUUGCCUACUGGUGGUAAUAAAUACCUUCACUCAUUCAGUCAAGAAACAUAUAUGGAACACGUGCUCUUGACUAGGUCCUGCUGCUGCAGAGAUGAACGACCCCACUCGCAGGCUCAAGAAGCUUACAGUUCAGUGGUGGAAAUAGAUAUCAAAUAACCGUAAGAUGUGAGGUAAAGACCGAUGAAUGUUUAUUUUGUGAACGGAGGUAAGCUUUGUUCUCUGAGACUAUUUAUUCAAUUAGCUACAUAAGAAAUUUGCUGAUUUGAAGAAUGCUAUGUUUCAGUGACUUUAGAAGAGAUUUGUUUUUAUUUUUUUAAUUUUAGAGAAUUAAAAUCUUUUAUUUGUUCUUUACAAUGUGAACUUGAUGCCAUGUGCUUUGUGGAGUGUUGCAUCUCCCCUGUGAAUGUCAGGGAGAAGACAGCUUAACGUGAACAGCUAAUUUUAAACAUCUCUCCUGGAGCAACCCUUCUUGCUCAGUGAGGGAGGUUCUUUAAGCCAAGGCAGGAGGGUACAUCCAAACCCUUGUGAAAACACCUCAGUGAAAUCCCACCUAAAAACAUACUAUUAAUAGUUUGAAGAUGCUCUGUGAAAGCAGGGACCUUUCUUUACUCGGUUCUGUGUCCCCCAUAACAGUUCUUUGCUGAACUGGAGACGAGGAACUCCAUGGGACUCUAUGGACAGAGCGCUAAUUAGGCAGCCACAGUUUCUUCUGUGUAAGCUCCCAUGAUUCUUGUCAUGUGACUUGGUUGUUAUCAUGACCCUCACUGGUUGACCCAACCCUUCUUUAUGCCCAGAGCAACUGUCCAAAUAAGCUAGAUGUACAGAGCCUACCAGCCUGUGAGGUGAUCUGGUUUGAGGAGAGUGUCCAGUAGGAAGACUCCAUGUUGGAUGGCACCUAAUAGAUUCAGUCAAAUCUCUUUUUUUUUGUCAUUUGGAUCUUCAGAGAAGGCAGUAGAAACUGGGACUGUGUGUGUAAGUUGAGGCAGCAGAGGGAGAAACUGAGAAGGCAGCUGAGUCAUGAGUAUAGUGGGCUCCGUAGAGGAGGGAGUGAGACAAGGCUGGUUUCUUAGGGGUCGACUGGUUGCCCAUGUCUCCAGCACUUGUUCGAGCUGCCUGAGCUGCCAUUCUCUCAUGAAUAACGAGGACUUUCCUAGCUGUCCACGAAGCCCGCAGAGGUCCUAGGGCUUCCUUUCUUUCUCACAGGUGCAUAGUAAAUGCCCAUCAGGUGAGGCAGGCAUUGCCUGCCCCUCACAGCCUUUAAGAGUCUAACACAAUAUUUAGGCAGUAAUAAUUCUGAAAGGGAUUAUUAAUGCUUCCAUUGCCGUAUCACACAUUGUAAUGGCAUGCCAACUUCACCAUACUAUUUGCAUUUAGCCUUAUGUUGCUUCUGUGUUUGCCAAUCAGUAAUGCUUGCAUUUUUGCCAAGAUAAUAUAGUAUUAAAUUGUAUUGCUUGAAAUACUGUGAUUUUAAUGUAAACUAGCACUUUAAAAAGUAUUACAAACAAAACUAACCAGAUAAGCCUGAGAAGGAAUUUUAUUAUCCAUAUUAUUUUAGAAUAGCUCUUAUUUAAAUCAAAAUGCCUGCUGUUCUAUUUUAAUGUGUUUGUACAUACAAAUAAAUUCAGGACUGGCAAACACAUGAUUUUCAUCAGAUAUACUUUGUUUGAAUGAAGAUUAAAUGCUUUGUAAAACUUGUCCUUGUUUGAAGUUGAAAUUUCAUGUUACCACAAGAAUUAUUCAGCAGAAGCUCAUUUACAAUUGGUAAAUUGAUUUAUAAGAGUACAUGCAGGGUUUUAGCUAUUAUUUUUGGACUUGCUCCCCAACCCACACAGGCAAUUAAGUAAGAGUCAGAAAAAGGAAACACUCAUCUGAAUCAUCUUUUAAAGUCUAGGUUCCACUCUAAGACACAGCAUUUUAUUUCCUGAUCUCAUAUUUAGAUUAUGCGUUGGUCAAUUCAUGGAUGGGCUCUAUUUUCUGCAGUAGUCCAGUUCCCAUUCCGUCUUUCCUUAGUAUGUGCUCCCAUUCCACCCCUUUUAAAGAAAAGUGCCUCUUUCAAGUAUCUAAGUUACAUUUGAUUGACAGCUGCCUUCAGCACCUAAUGCUUCCCCCCUCCUUCAGGGACUUGAGAACAUGUGCUUUUUUUUUUUUUUUUUUUUUUUUUUUUUUAAAUGUGCUAUCUAUGAACAUAAAACCAGGAAUUCAGAUUGAAAUGAGGAAAAAUUCAGUUAUUCAGGUAUGUUUGGUCUCCUAGACUGAGCUGGUAUCCUUAGUGCUGAAGACUGACUUGAGCUCUAACAGAAUUCAGAUCUGUUUUAAUUUAAGUAUAGAGCCAACUCAGCGGCCAUGACAUUCAAGGGUUUCCAGGUAGAACCGACUUUGCAGGGCAUCUGACAAAGGGUGUGCUUUCCCUAGUUCCUACUGCUCUGUGCAUUUAAAAGCAUUUAGCAAAUAUUUAAAAAUGACCAACCCAGGCCUUUCACAUGUAAAUGUUAUAAGGAUUUUUUUUUUUAAAAAAGUAUACAUAUUGGAAAUAUAAUGGCCUUUUCAUGAAAGUUCAAGAAUUUCAUAAGGAUAUGGGAAAACACAGGAAAGCAAGACAGUAGCCAAAUUAUUAAGGAUUGUUGCUAGAUUUGUAUGAGGCUCAUAGUAAAUUAAUUUCAAUCCUGAAGUCACAGGCAAACAUUUAUUGCUAGGUCAAGAUUAUGGAAGUUCUAAAUAGAGCCUGAUCCAUCAUUGUGUAGAUUUUGGCAUUUUUCUUUUCUUUUCUUUCUUUUUUUUUUUUUUUGUUUGUUAUCACGUUUUUGAUUCAUGUAGUUGGAAGAUCUUUAUUUACUGAAAAUAAUGACUCACAUAUAAGGAAGACCCUCUUUUGCAAUGAAAAGUUAUUUCUGUUUCAGUAAAAUUCAAUGAUAGCUACCUCCUCUCAACCAGGAGUAAUGCCAGCAGUACAUUACAGAGAUACCUGCUCUCAGUUAUUCUCUUUGGAUUCUAACCAGUUGUUACUACAAAGGAUGUAAAACAUUCUUUUGAUGCAAUGAAGAUUUCUGUUCUGUCAAACUAUCAGCCUUACGCGUCAUGUGCGGUUUCCAUCUUAAAUUUGAGGUAAAAUCCUGGCCUAUUUAUAUUAAUCAGAGUAUAUAAUUGUUUUGUUGUUUUCCUGGAAAACAAUUUUACAUUCGUUGUGAUUCGUUUGCUAGCCUAAUACUGUAGAUCUGUAGAGUCUGCCUGCAGUAAUAUCUCUAUUCUGUAGACAUAAACAUAAACCUGUCUAGAGAAUAGAGAAAUUAUUGAAGGUGGGUUCUGCAGAUCUAUAAUAGUAUGCUAGCAAACAAGUUGCAAAUGAAAUGUAGCAUUGUUUUCCAGGGGGAAAAAAGUCUUGUUUAACUUACGACAUCUACCUAAGUGACUGUUGUUUUAUUUGUUCCCAAACCAAGUCUUGAAAGGAGAAUUUGGUUUCCAUAAAGCUCGAGUAAAAUAUUUUCAGUGAUAAUUGUGCAACCUCCAUUUUCAUGAAGUCAGCACCAUACAAAAUUGAUGAGGCAUAUUAAAUAUUCAAAUACUUUAAUAGAACAAGAAAUGCAUGAAUGGUGUUAAAAUCAGUACAAUGAAAAUAGUCUGAAAAAUAUGGUUUACUUAAUAAUGAGGCAUUACAAAAGAUUUUCCUUUUCACUUCUCUGUUUGUUUUUUAAGCUAAACUUGGGUUGAAAUCUUUGGUUCUUUUUCUUUAAGAAGGCAUAUGCUAUGAUGGAAUGUCAGGUUUUGUAGGGAAGAGGGGACAAUGCCCUUGAAUUCCUGUCAGCUCCCAUCACACAUGAACUCUGUGGCCUUGGCAAGUCACUUACCUUCAUAGAGCAUUGGUUUACUUGUUGAUAAAAUGGGGGGUAAUCGUAGCUACCUUAUUAAGUCAGUACAUAGAAUUGCUGGGUCCUAUGGCAAAUAUAUGUUCAUAAGGAUAAGAAAUUACCGAACUGUUUUCUUCAAUGGUUUUACCAUACUUGAGUUUUAAAAGAAGACAUAGACAAGCUACUUCAAUGCUGUGUAUCCACAACCAUAGAGAAUGAAAUAGCUUCCCGGUCAGGGCAGGAAUUGUGCAGACGAUGCAUGGAGAGUGUGCAGAGAAGGAGCAGGGCGCAGGAAACUCAGGCUGGAAAGUUUUGCGUUAGCUUGCUCAUCCCACCACAUUCCAGGCUCUGAUCUCUGCUCACAAGGAGAUGAAUUCUUCAGCCUUCAGGCCCUUUUCUGCUCUAGUUACUGAACCAUCACACAGAGGCAGGAAAAACGUAAGCUAUUUCAGGGACAUUUUGCUAUUACUCUGUACUAAUGGAUCCCCGGGUGGCCACACAGUGCACCCCAGCUGCCCUGUUAGCCCGGUGUUGCGUCAUACACCCUCUUACCGUGAGAGGUUCGCUUCGUACUGUUAGUGUGUGCCCUGGGUCAUAAAGCUGGGUCUUCAGCAUUGAGUCCACGCCAAACUCCUUGCCCCACCUUCCCAUUGCUGUCCCCUUGGGAGGCCUGGGGCUCUGGCUUAUGGUUAUUAUUAGUCCAUUCUGCCUAAGAACUGCAACUACACGCCAAUCAGGCCACUCUUUCUGUUUCAUCCUCAUGGGCAGAUCUAGGGCUAUACCAAGGCUUUUUACAGUAAAACUGUUAUGUUGUCUAGAAAUUCAUCAGUGAGAAAAAUACUUGCAGGAAAGUAGGUAGAAGCUGUAAGAUGCUAAAUAUGUUCCUUUCUUUUAAGUGUAAUUUGGAUCUCAAGCAAGGAUGAUUUUCCUUUGAUCAUGUGCACGAUGUAUACCAAUUGAUUUUUAAACCUUGGGCAGAAAUGUGUUAGAGUCUGGAUGUGAAAGGGAGAUCUCUGCUGGUUUGCAGCCCUGGAUGAGUCUGAAGCUGGUCCCAGGACACGGGAUAUGGGAAGAGACUGGAGAAAGAGGAGGACCACUUCACGCUGGUAGGUGGCAGUUUUAAUAAGCAGGGGAACUUACCCAGGAGGCUGCUCUUGGGCAGCUGCAAGAUGAGUCGAACCCUACAACCGGACCCCUACACCCGACUCCCAUCGCCACCCCCCUCCCCUGGGGAAUUUGACGUGUUUGUAUAGAGGCCUUCACUGGGUCGUCAUGUAUGCCAUCCAGGUGGUCUCCACAGCACAAUAUCUUCUCAAGGCUGCAUCCUUGAAACGGUUCCAGCUGUGGGAAUGGGGGGCAGAAUGUACAUUCCGAGGAUAAGAGAGAGGGUGAGGUGCCUCCGAUUUCCUGGGUCCAGCUUGCAUGGUAACCGGCAGUCACGUCCUCUCGAUGACCUCCUCCAACGGUCCGGUGUCUCUGCCGAACUGCGCACAGUGGCUACCAGCGGAGAUUGAGAGGAGCGGUAUACACAGCCGAGGGGAAAUAAUAUUGUCAGAGACCCCAUGGCACUUUAGAAGAUGUAAGGAAUUCCUUCCAUUUUCUGGUAGAAUUAUUGCAAAAGGUAGAAAUGCUUAAAUGUUUAAGAUUCUUGUGAAACUCCUACCACACGCAGUGACGACUCUAACAACUGUAAAGCUCGAUUUAUUCUGACCACCUUGUGUGGCCUAGAACAACGUGGUUAUUUUUAGCCUUUGGACCUAAAUUUUUUCUGACCUAUUAAUGAUCCCAGGAAGACAAUCUAGCAAUACAACAUUUCACUGAAGUACUGAACGGGGAAAGCAUGGAUGGCCAACAGCCAAACUUAAACAUGAUGUAUGAGUUUGCCCACUGGUGUUGACUAUCCCCCAUGAAAAGUUUGUCGUCACUCCCCUGCUGAGACCAGGGGCACAUCCCCACCCCGCACUGAGCAUCAGCGGGCUCCACGUGCUCUGGGCAAGACAGAGUUCCUCCAUGGUGAAUGAGUCUUUGCCACGAUGAAGAUAAUAAUCUGGAGCAAAUGGAAAGCGGGACAUGGGGAAAGAUCAGGCUUUUCCCUCUAAUUAGGACCCUCUCUGAUAAGCUAGCAGUAGGGAAUGAAUGUUUCCACCUAACAUGACUUGGGAAGAGAAGAUACCCGUGUGGAAAACAGUUGUCCAAACAAGCGAGCACGUGACCCAGCAGCAGCGUGUGUGGUGCAGAGAAGCAAGCGCACACGCGGUUUAGCAGAGUGAGAGCUCUGUGUGGGCCACACAGGUGUGGGCAGGGUUCUCGGCGAAGGUGGGGCUUGGGCAGGCCCUCAAGGGUUUGGAUUCGUGGAAAGAGAGGGUGGUGUCUUAGGCCAAAACCCAGCUGUGCAGGUGGAUUUGAGGACACGUGAGUGUUCGCGUCAGAAACCCCAGGGAAAGUCGGCCAUGAUGAUCAGGAAGAAUCCUUGAAAGUACGGAGGCUCGUGAAGUCCAGUUUGAGGCAUGCGGAUGAGAAGCUCUGCAGAUACGAAGAGAAACCUAUGAAAGCUUUUUUAAAAUCUGAACUUGGUCAGCAGAAUGAGUAAAACCCCAAACAUUUGACCAUUCUGUUACCUCUUUUGCAAGGAGUAGUACCCCUGGUAACAACUUAGUGUAAAAACGAUCGUUGAUUGGGUGCUACUGCUGAGUGCCAGUUUCUUUACACGCACACGUGCACACACACACACACUUUUGAGAAUUUUUCUUUUACAUAGAUGAAAUGUUUUUUAAGCUAAAAAAUUAUUAGUCCUAUAAAACAGCAAACCAUUUACUUGCUAGCCCCCAAAGGAGAUAUUAUUGUUAAGUAUAUAUAGCAAACUGAUUCCGGUUCAGUGUUUUGGAUGGAAAUAAAAAGAGCGUAAGCAAAAACAGCAGGAACAUUCGAAAAACACUCAUCACUCUUCCAGCACUCCCUUCUUAGAAUGGACAUAAAAGCCUUGUGCUUUAAAAUAUUGGCUAGAGAAAUGUUAUUUGUGCUUGCCAUUCUCCUCCUUACAACUCCUGAUAGUGUUAAUACUUUUAUUUAGUGCCUUUCUUUAAAAAAUACAGGGAAAUGACCUGUUCCAAGAAACGGCGUCCUUUGACUUAAUUGUGUGUGUGCUGUGAUUAUUUUUAAAAUGCCCUAUUGAGUAAAGGACAUGAACAGGUCAUUUAAAAAACCAGCAGUAAGCGUGGUUAAUAAACACGUUAAAAAAUGUUCCCUCACUAAUAUUCAAAGAAAUGCAAAUUAAAAUAAUGAGUUACCAUUUUGCCUCUCAAAUUAAUACUUUGAAAAUUGUUGCGUAAAUUUCACGGAUAGGAUUGCAAAUCAACACACCUUUUUUGGCAAUUGAUGCACAUAAUAAAAACCCUUAUGCUUUGACCCAGCAUUUCCAGGCUUUGGUGCAUAGAGUUCCGUGGUCAUCUGGGAGAGAGCCUGACGAGGUCCAGAGGCUUCAGAGCAAUGCAAUCCUCUCUUGGGCUGCAGUCUUUAAUGCAGUGGUUCAUGCUCUGAUUUUCGAUAUUACCUAAGUCAAGCUCCUAAGUCAAAUUUAUUUGUAGGACUCUGGAUUUGAGUUGGAAUCGGGCUAUUGGACAUGCUCUGGCUUCUCCCAGCAUCGUGUAAAAGGCCUCUGAAGAGCUAGAUUUGUCAAAAAUCCUUGACAAAUAACUUAUUGCUGCAAUUACUAACUAAUCGGUCAAUAAAGGUAAACUGAGGAAAAACUGUAAAGAAGUUUUUCCCUAUUAAACGAAACAGCUCUACCCACCUGAAACACAUAUGAAGAAACCGCCCACCCCUACCCUGACUCAGAGACCCCCCAAAUCUGGACGUUCAUUUUCACCAUGUUCUGUAAUUACUUUCAGCAGCCAGAUCACUGUCCCCACUGUCGAUUUUCCUAUGUCUCUCCAGAUACAGAAAGUCCCAGAAAACAUUUGAAUCAUCAAAUCUUUGAUUUGUUUCCUAUAUCUGGCACAAGGAGGUAUCCUUGUUACCUUAUGCCAGACAAAGUGAGACUUAAUGUUCUUUGUCGCGUUCGUGUUCUGGAUAGCACAGAUUAAGACCUGCUGAGUUGUGCUCAUAUAACUCAUGUGGAUAUGUGUAUACAUAUAUCACAUUGUGUUUGUGUUGUGAUGUAUUAUUUAUUUAUUUGAGAGAGGGAGAGAAAGCAUGAGAGAGGGGAGGAGCAGAGGGAGAAGGAGGAAGCAGACUCCUUGCUAAAGCAUGGAGCCGGGGCUCGAUCUCAGGACCCUGAGAUCAUGACCUGAGCCAAAAUUAAGAAUCGGACACUUAACUGACUGAGCCACCCAGGCACCCCUAUGUUGUGAUGUAUUUAGAUGUAAGUAUAUACAGAUGAUGAUACAGGUGGAUGUAGGCAUAGUAUUGACACGCAUACAGCACAACUGUGUAAUUCCAUUUAUAUUUCAUAUACAUCUAGACUGUAUCCACACCAAUGCCUUAUUGACUUGUGAGGCAUAAAUAAGUUGAUACAUGUGAAGCUCUUAGCACAGCACUUGGCACAUUGCAAUCAAUAGUAAUUACAGAGAGGGCGAGAGACAGAGAGAUAGAUACAGAGAGACAGGCAGAGAGAGACAGACACAGAGAGAACCUGCUAAUAAAUGUAAUUUAUUUGGUAAUAUCUUAGUUUGGGCUGCUACAAUAAAAUAUCACAGAAUGGAUGGCUUACACAACAGACAUUUCUCAGUUCUGAAGGCUGGGAGGUCCAAGACCAGGGUGCUGGAAAAUUCAGUUCCUGUGAAGGGCUUCUUCCUGGUUUGCAGAAGGCCACGUUCUUGCUGUAUCUUCACAUGGCAAAGAGACAAAGACAGAGAAAUAAGAGAGAGUGAGAGAGAGGGAGGGAGAUCAGCUCUCUGCUGUCAAAGGGCUAAUCCCAUCAUGGGGCUCCACCCUCAUGACCUCAUUACCUCCCAAAGGCUUCACCUCCACAUACCAUCACAUUGGGGUUACACAUACAUUCUGGGGAUACCAAAUGUUCAAACCCAUAACAGAUAAGUUGCAAUAUCUCAAGAAUCUGUCUUCUUUAUGUAAGAAUCUGUCAUUAAUGACAGAUUUUUUUUUGAAAUUUUUGUUUAUUUGAGACAGAGAGGGAAAGAGAGAGAGAGGGAGAGAACGAGCAGAGGGAGGGGCAGAAGGAGAGG